GACUACGUCAUCCGGAAGGGGACUACGUCUUCCGGAAGAGGAAUAUUUAUCUUCUGGAAUCGCUAAAAACGCGCGCGCUCUUCUCCUCGUCGCCCAUUUCGUCGUCGCUGUUUCAAAGACAUCGCCCAGGCGGGAAUCAUGCCUGGAGACCACUACUCUCCAGAUGAGCAGCAGCGCAAGCUGUUCAUCGGUGGUCUCAGUUUUGAGACCACCGAGGAAUCCAUGCAGAAGCAUUUUGAACAAUGGGGCACGCUGACCGACUGUGUGGUGAUGAGGGACCCCCACACAAAGCGCUCGCGAGGCUUUGGCUUUGUGACGUACAUGUCGGCCGAGGAGGUGGACGCUGCCAUGGAGGUUCGCCCUCACCAUCUGGACGGCCGCGUGGUGGAGGCGAAGCGUGCCAUCUCGCGCGAGGACUCUCUCAAGCCUGGUGCCCAUCUGAAGGUGAAGAAGAUCUUUGUGGGUGGCAUCAAGGACAACACGGAUGAAGACCACUUGCGAGAUUACUUUUCGGAAUAUGGCAUGGUGGAGUCUGUGGAUGUCAUGGAGGACCGCCAGUCUGGCAAGAAGAGAGGCUUUGGCUUUGUCACGUUCUCUGACCACGACGCCGUUGACAAAGUGGUUGUUCAGAAGUACCAUACCAUCAAUGGACACAAGGCUGAAGUGCGGAAGGCUCUCUCCAAGCAGGAGAUGAACUCUUUGGGAGGAGACCCAAGACAAGGUGGGAGAGGAGACCGCUCAGGUGGUUAUGGCGGAAGAAAUGGAGGUGGGGGAGGAUACGGAGGCAGUCGUGGAGGUGGUGGCUACGGUGGUGGUGGAUAUGGGGGUUCGGAUGGUUACGACAGCUAUGGUGGUGGCGGGUAUGGUGGUGGUGCGGGUGGUGGGUAUGGAGAUCGUGGUGGCAGUUAUGGCGGAGGUUAUGGCAACCACGGAGGUGGAUAUGGCGGAGGUGGUUAUGAUGGCUAUGGGGGUGGUGGAGGGUAUGGUGGUGGUAACUACGGUGGUGGUGGAGGUGGUGGUGGUGGUGGCUAUGGUGGUAAUGAUUUUGGUAACUACAACCACCAACAGUCCAAUUAUGGACCCAUGAAAGGUGGAAGCUAUGGAGGAAGGAACUCUGGAGGUCCAUAUGGAGGUGGCUACGGCUCUGACGGUGGUGGUGGUGGCGGCGGCGGCGGUGGCUAUGGAGGACGUGGAAGAUAUUAGUGGAUAUGGUGGCUCUCAGUAUCCCAAGGUGUAAAGAAAGAAAUAUUCUGACCGAAAGGUAAGUGUCUACAAUGCAUCAGGUAAUGGACUAACACGUGGGAGGCUUUUGUGACCAAUAUCCGUAAUGGAGGUUUUCGGGUUAGGUCGCGUGAAUAUAUAAAUGUGUCGUUAAAACCCGCCACCAUCCGAUAGCCAACUAGUAAGGGUUGUCACGUAAACAGAACAUGCCAAUUCGUCACUAGUACAACACAUCGGUGCGUUGGAGAGCCAAGCUACAACAUUUACAAUCUAAGUACGACGUUUCGCCAGUAAUUACAACUUGCUUCAAUUGUUUACAUUCCUCUAUUGGUGUAUCUUACAUUUUCGAUGUCUCCCUUUAAUACUUAAGCAGGCCCAAUGGGCAUGUCAGAUUCUUUGUCACUAAAAUAAUUUCCAUUCAUAACUCUAAAUAGUAUUGCACAUUCCCGGUUGCUACUUCCAAUAUAUGUUCAAUUGCCUCCUAUCCAUGCUUCAUCUAGCUUGAAUGAAGCCAGUUGUAAUUACUGGCGAACCGUUAUACUCGGUUUGUAAAUGUUGUGGCUUGGCUCUCCACCACCGGUGUGCUGUACUAUUGACGAAUUGGCACGUUCUGUUUGCGUGACAACCCUUAGUAGUUGGUGGUGGCGGGUUUUAACGACAUUUACGCGAUCUAACCCAAAAAAGUACUGGACAAAGUGAAAUGCUGGUGAAGGGAUGACUCGUGAUGUGUGUUAAGUUUCCAUGUUUGAUUUGUCUCUCCAUUUCCAACCCUCCUAACCACAAUUUUAAAAUGCUUACAAGAAUUGUGAUGCAGAGGUGCUAAAUCAGAAAAAAAUGCCAUUUUUACAUGGAAUGAGUGGGUUGUGCCCUACAAUAGUUUAGGUCAAUUUUAUUCUCGGGGUAUACUUUUUGCUGCUAAUUAUUUUGCAAUCUGAAUAAUUGUAGGUUUCUGGUUGAUAACGUUUAUUAUGAAUGGGGUGUACAUGAGGUGGUGGUGUGUGCACAUGGAUAGCGUUCUUAUCAACUUCACUCGUGCCCCAUAAAAAAAAUUCGGUUAGAUCGCGUAAAUGAAAAUUUGUCGUUAACGCACCAGUGUGUUGUGAUGGUAAACCCACAACUUAAUGCUGUUGCUACCCGCUUGGCAUUUUGGGGCCUGCUCCGCAAACAAUAAAAACCCCCAACAUUCCCUGAGAACUAGAACUUUGUUUUGACACAGCUUUUCCACCCAUCCAGACCAGAUGUCACAGCUAUUCGGCACGACACUGGCUGAGAAUACCCCCGUGCCCUCUCGUCGGCUAAAGCUGGCUUUGGUUAAAUCCUGAGUUUGAGCUUUGACAUGGCCACCUCUGAUUAAAUAGGACUUUUGGUAUUGUCCCAUGUCUGGAAUACAGUAUUAGGGAACGUUUCCAGCUCUUGUUAAAUUCACAUAUGCACAGAGCAGGUAAGACGAUACUGCACAGUAUGGAUAGGAGGCAAUUGAACAUAUUGGAAGUAGCAACCGGGAAUGUGCAUUACUAUUUAGAGUUAUGAAUGGAAUUUUUUUUAUGACAAUCUGACAUGCCCAUUGGGCCUGCUUAAGUAUUAAAGGGAGACGUAGAAUUUUGUAAGAUACACCAAUAUUGAGGAAUGUAAACAAUUCCCCCCCCCAGGACUUUUGAUGAAUGUCACUCCAGAGCAGGAUUCUCGUUUGAGAACAGACUUUUUUCCUGUGCUGUGAAUGCAAAGUUUAUAUGCACAUUUACAUAAUUCGAUGCAGACAAAACGAGCUUAAUGUUUUAAUCUCUUGAUUUUGGAACGUAACUGGUAUUAGCUGCCGCUGAACAUUGCUGGAAUGCAAAUGAUAAUUGCCUUUGCACAUAUAAUGGUGAAUAGGCAUUUACAUCAUGAAGCAUUUUAAUGGGAUUUCGAAGGUGCAAACUUUUUUUGCCAUUGUGAAGAAACAUUUUGGAAGUCUUACGCACAAUUCAUUGUGACUCACAAUCGCGUUUAUUAAAGGUGUGCCAAUGGCCUUGAUGUCUGAUUUUUUUAAUAUAUAACUGCUGUACUGAAUCUAAAUUCAGUGCAACCGUUUGAAAUUGCGUAUCUUAGAAAAAUAUGAAUGUGCAGUAAGAUUGUAUUGCCUUCAGCUCUGCACUGCUUUGUCCUGUGAUACCACAAUCUCUUUGCUGCACAUGAGCUAAUCUCUGCUCCCGUCUCUCCACGGUCCUCGUUUUGGGUGCGUUUCCUCUUUGUGGCUGAGGAUCCGUUACUACCAGUCUCGUAUAUCCCUUCUCGCAAGGCCACUUUUGUGUGUGUACCCAAGAAUAAAUGUUGGGGCGCCACGGUGGCAACAUGUAAACUACUUCGCCUGGUAUGCAGGAUGGCACGAGUUUGAUCUCAACCCUGACAGGCCUGUGUUUGGAUUUUUCUCCGGAUCCUCCGGUUUUUGGAAACGUGCAUUUAGAGUAGUUGGCUGCUCUUCAUUUCCACAAGUCACUUAGUUGAACUAUCAUUUGUGGCCAGGUCACUUCCAAAAAAGAGCUAUGCACCCGAGUGGGCCUUAGCUGGUGAAAUAAAAGAUAGUUUACACAAAACGAGAUCUCGUAAGUUGCAUGUGUUCUCUCAUCCAUACGACGUUCUCUCCCGGUGUGUUUAUAAACAUGCAUCUCUUAAUUCGUGUACUUUUCAAGUGUUGUCUUGUUUGCUAGUCCAUGUCUCCGAUCCAUGUCAUGGAAAGGUAAUGUGAACUGGUUGAAAAUAACUUAGUCGCUUUGGUACGUUUUUCAAUGUCAUUCAAUUUUACUAAAGCGCCAUCUUUGUUUUGAUUGCAGUUUGCCUUGAUUUUUUUUAGAUGUAGAUACAAAUAAUGUUUUGUCCAUGUUUAUUCCUUAACAUUUUUAGGAAAAUUUCCUUUUUAAUGUUGCUUUUAAUAUCCUUGUUGAGAGCAUGUUCCCUUGCCUGACUUUUUAUUUGUAGUAUGCUUCUGCAUGAAUAUCUCCCUGGAGGUGUUUCACAUUGAUACAUUGUCAUAUCUAUAUAUUUUUAUUUAGCAAUUGCUUUGUGACGGUUUGGAUGACUGCAUCAGUGUCCACUGAAUGGAAUGCUAUUUCAUAUUCUACAAAAGCCAUGGGUUCCAUUUGGUUUUGACACCUUUACAUAUUCGGUUUAAAAACAUCCGGGUUUUUUUUUACCAGCUCGUAGUUUUCUCAAACCUCCGAUUAGCACGGUUGGCUACGUAUGCCACGGAAGAAGUGCUCCAUACACGUGUCGCUUUUUUUCGGGAAAAUGGAUCUAGAAUCAGCGUAAACUUGCACUUUAAUUAGGUGGUGGGUCAGCUGGUAGUGGAAAAGAAAUAAUUUCUGCAACGUACUGUGACCACAAUCUUCACGGUAAACGAAAAAAACUACAAGAGAAGCCACCGCAUGUUUGAAGAGUUCAACGAGCGUGUGCAUGCUGUUCAACCAGUAUUUGAUGUUAACAUCCAUUAGUGUGCUGCAGUGUAUAUGUCGUAAUGCGCCUGAAGUUUGUAUUCAAUAAAGGUAUGCGUUUGCCUAGUGGUUAUUCGACUGCACUUUCCCAUUAGCAUUUAGAUGUAGUCUUUUGAAGUCAUCAUGGUAUCGGUUCGGCUUGCCAAAGUGCGUGGAAAGACUUUGUCAUGCUUUUAAUCCAGAAAGCAGAAAUACACGUUCACGAGUCAUCAAUUUCUCAGACGUGCAACAGCUGUGCACAAGCAAACCGUAUCGGUCGUAGAAAUUCCAAUGCGUUGGGUUUUGAAUGCAACGGAAGUGUUUACUGUGGCUCAACGAUUUUCACGUGUAUGCAGUGUACAUUUUACUGCAAUAAAGAUUGCUUUAACACUC